AAUUUCAGCAAAAUCUAUUUGGAAAUCGGCCCUUAAUUUUCUGAAAUGCACGGACGGAUUUCUAGGAUUUGCGCAGAGGAUAAAUUCCCACGAAGGCCUUACUAUACAGUCUGGUGCUUGCGUAAACAGCAGUCAUACUCUGUAUAAGCAGGUUGUGAGAAUGUCAGAAUCCAUUGUCCUGAAGAACACAGUCCAGGAUUUUUCAUCAUUGUUACACCCAGUAGCCAUACAAGAGCUGGUUGAAAGAUGGCUCCAAGAGGAUACACCCAGCUUUGAUUAUGGAGGAUUUGUUGUUGGAAGUAAACAGGAGUCUGCAGUGUUGCUAUGCAAAUCCAGAGGUGUUCUUUGUGGAGUCCCUUUCUUCAGCGCUAUUUUCACCAAACUAGGGUGCACUGUGGAGUGGUACUUCUCUGAAGGAGAGCUACUACAGCCAGUUUGUACCGUUGCCACAGUAACAGGACCUGUUAAGAAUAUCCUACUGGGUGAAAGAAUAGGCUUGAACUGCAUCACAAGGGCUAGUGGAAUAGCUUCCAUAGCACGGGAAAUGUCAGAUAUGGCUAAAGAAGCUGGAUGGCAUGGAAAAGUAGCUGGGACAAGGAAGACCACUCCUGGAUUUAGAAUGGUUGAAAAGUAUGCAUUGUUGGUGGGAGGGGUCUCAACACAUCGCUAUGAUUUGUCUUCAAUGAUUAUGUUGAAGGAUAACCAUAUAUGGAGUGCAGGAAGCAUUGCAAAGGCUGUGGAUGCUGCACGGAGUGUUGGAGGAUUUUCAAUUAAGAUUGAGGUUGAAUGUCGGAGUAUAGAGGAAGCAACCGAAGCUGCCACAGCUGCAGCUGACGUUGUCAUGUUAGAUAAUUUCCACCCAAAGACUCUCCAUCCAGCAGCCAAGGUUGUCAAGGAAAGGUUUCCAAAUGUAACUGUAGAGGUCAGCGGGGGAAUUACCAAAGACACAUUACAAUCAUAUUUUGGGGAAUAUGUUGAUGUUGUGUCCCUUGGUAAGUUAACGCAAGGCUAUCCAACAGUGGACUUCUCUUUGAAGAUUUGCAAAGAAGGACAUGACCCCACAAAUCCACUUGUUACAAACAUAGGAAAAUGAAUAGGUUAUCCAUAGGAAAUCACUGAAAAAAGAGCUUUUUUAUGGCGUUGAAAAUCAUGGUGUUGAUUCCUUGUUGCUUUUGACGGUGAAGGGCAUGGUUAUGGACACUUGAUAAAACCUACAGAAUUUCAUCAUUAAAAAAGAUUACCAUAGUAGGUAUUUAUUAUAUAUAUGAAAUAAAGCAUUCCCUAUUUAAAUACAGUAUAUUCAGUGUUGUAUCAAGGAGUGUUGAAAUGUGGGGGGGGGGGCGAUGGUGGCACGUAGGUGAAGUGAUUAAGUGAGGGGGGUGGCCACUAGCUCACAAAAUAAGGUGAUUUUUAUCUACUUGAAUGGGGAAAUAACUUGGUGGGGGGGGGGGCAAGUUUUUGUAGUGGUAUAAGCAUGCACCCUCCCCUAGAUACCUCACUGAGAAUAUUACAUAUUCUAUAUAAAUGUAGUUAUCUUUUGAACUGUUGUUGAUUGAGCAACCGAGAAUAACAUUCUCAUGCAACCGUUACUGAAAUACCCAUUCUUAUGUAUUCUAUUUAAAUUUAUUUUGUAUAUUGGUUAUGGCUUCACUAGAAAGUGUGGCUGUCUGGGGUUAAGUAGUGGUAUUUAUUAGCAUGGGAUGCUGUAUCAAAUAGAGGUGCUACAAAAAUAACAGAAUAAAACUCAUCAAUAAAUUUCAAAAACAUUUUUCAAGUCUGUAUUGGUGGUGACAGUCUACAAAAUUUAAUUACUCUUUGUUGUGCUCGCAAGUGAUGAUUAUGUUAUAAUUAUUUAUAGCACUAUACUAUAAAAUAAAUUCACUAAGUUUGGCUGGUAGUCUGUUAAAUUUAUCAGUAAAAGUGCCUGUAGGCAACACUUUAAUACCUCGUCUAAUGAAUUUAACUUUUGAGAGAUUACAGCGGGAAAAAAAUAAAAUUUGUUUUGUAAUUUAACUAGCAUAAAAAUUAAGUCUUGACAAAUACACAAAUCUGUGUAUGAGGUAAAAAGUAGCAGAGGGCACCCUUAGGCCCUGCUCUAGGUGUGUAUUGUAAGAGUUUAGUAACUGACUGAUAUAUUCUUUGUUUUGAAGUGAAUAAGAUUUCCCACUGGAAGAUUUCAGGGCAGCAGCAAGAUUAUGGCAAGUUAAAAAAAAAAGUAGUUUCUCGUCCUAAUAUUUUGAAAAAAGGAGAGCGAGGGCACUUUCUUUUUUUUUUUUUUACUCUGAGAUGGAAAACAGUUACUAUACUACUUUCUCAUUUUUACUAUUAAGUAGACACAUUGAAAAGCAAAAAAAAGAAGCACUAGACAUGAUUCAUACCAUAAGUAUUCCCAACCACGAAUGAUCAGGAGAGGAAUUUUACUGAAUGUGAGCCAGAUUUUCGUACAUUUUGUAAAAUUAAAAAAAAAAUUUGGUGAGGCAGAGAAAAUGGAUGCGCAAGGGGACGAGAGACUUGUAAUUUUUUUUUAUUUGGCCUUAACUGUAAAAGGUACAAAAUUACAUAUUUUUGUAACAAAAAUGUUCAUUUUUCAGGGAAGGGGUAUGAUAACAGACAAAAAUAUAAUUAUAUUUUUACUUGCAAAUAAUCAAUGGCCGGUAGGCUUGCAAAACAAGGACUAAAAAAAUAAGCAAAUAUGAUGUAAAAGAAGAAUAAUUCAUCAACUUCACACACAGUAUUUAUUGAAGUAUCUGUCUCGUAACAGCAUUUUUUAUACAGAACUGUUAUCAUCAUCAUUGUUAUUAUAUGCAUUUAAAACAAGACCCUAGGUUCCUAAUAGGUAUAAUAAUACAUUAAAAUAAAUUUUAUUAUCGUUAGUCACUUAAUAUGAGACCAAAGUCUUAAAUCAUAAUGCUUAAAAAGAAAAUCUUUGAGGAAUAAUUCAAAAUACUAUAGAAAUCAUAAAGGUUCUACAAUUUGUUUAUCUCCGAAAUAAAUACAGAUGAAAUUAUAAUGCUAGAUAUACAGAAGUUUUGUUACGAUCUUAAUGUUUUAAAGCAAUUUCAACCUGUAAAUUUUUCAUAUUUAUAAUAUAGUAUUAUUGUUUUUUUUUUUUACAUGUUUGGAAUGCUUGCCUAUUUUAGUGACAUUGUGUUAGCUACGGCUGGAGUAUAUCGGGGGAAAAA